AUGCCAUUAAAGAAAUCUCCGAUAGCAUCUUUAGGAGCUGCAUUAGUAGUAUUUGUCUUAUUUUGGGUAACUUUAUUUAUCCCAUCUGAUGUAUACCUGACUGUCAAAAGUCAGAGUUAUGGUGAUUACGCACCUCUAGAGAAUACAAGCUCCAACAAGGUAACAGUAGCUUCUGAGGAAGAAUCACUUAAACUGCACAGUGAUCAAAUCUCAUUUACAAGACAAUAUUAUCAUAAUCCUGAUGACGAUUACACUAAAAUAUCAUUUACAAACCAAAAGACAGUAAUAGACUCUGAACAAGAGCAGAAAACCUUAUUAAUAUUGUCGUCCAUUGUCGAUGAUACGGCUUAUGGCGAACAUAGAACCUUUGAUGAUUUUUUCAACAACAUAUUUUCCUUCAACUACGCAAGGAAUGUAGUGUCUUUAGGAAUUCUCAUAGGGCUGGAAAAGGAAUUCAAAAUUGUAGACGAAUACUUCCAAAAAUACUUUAGUCUAUUAAAUGAUUUAUCUACUUCAAACGACGUUCAUAAGAAAAUCAUUAAAAAAUUUGUAAAUAAAGUUACCCUCAUUACUGCUCCAUUCAUUGAAAGAGGUUUUGAAAUAGAAAGAGGAGACAGACAUGAGGACAGUGUACAACGACAGCGUCGUAGGACAAUUGCCAGAUCAAGAAAUUUUAUCUUAAUGAACUCACUUAGAGAUGAACGCUAUACAUUAUUUCUUGAUAGUGAUAUUAUUGAUAUCAAGCAAAAAGAUAUGAUCAAUAUUUUUAUUGAAUCUGGAAAGGACAUUAUUGUUCCAAGGGUUAUCAUGGACUGGAAUAACGACUAUGAUAAAAAUUCAUGGAGAGGUGAGAGAACCGUUCCCAAUGAAGAGCAACUAGAAAAAAUGGACAAGAAUGAUUGGGAUAACUUCCAUUAUGUUCCUAAUAAUAUUGGUGAUAAAAUGUACCACUUAUCACAUAGUUUAUUACUCGACGAUCCUGAAACAAAUGAUUUGAAAUACCUGGUGCCUUUAGAUUCAGUUGGAGGGGCCAUACUUUUCCUGAAAUCGGUCAUCUUUAGACAGGGAAUUGUUUUUCCAACUUUUUAUUUGAUUGGUACGACUUGGAAUAGAUUCGAAGGUUAUGAUGGGAUAGAAACAGAGGGUUUAUGUUAUUCAGCAAGAACAUUGGGCUAUUCGUGUUGGGGAUAUCCAAACAUGGUAGCGGAGCAUGUUAGAGGUAGUUAG